AUGAGAAGCCUGGCUCUUCUUAUCUGUUUGGUGGUGGAAUGGACACAGUGCGUAUGGGCCAGAGAACAAAUUGUGUACCCUCAGCUCUUAGAAGCCAGGGAGCUCGGAAUCCAAGAAAGAUUGAUACAAAUUUCUUCGACACAUAUUUUACCUUUGGAGAAGAGCUCAAUUUUCGGAGACGAAGUUAUAGUGGACGUGAUGGACGGUACCCAAAGAAUAAGAAAGGCUGUUGACAGUGGAUUCAUCCGGGACAGACUGUACCAAAACCGUCAGCACAAGGCUACUCUUCUUAUUGAUGAAACAACGCACGGUGUUGUUGUGAAGGGAAUUUUAAAUACAUCUCACAGUAUUCAGCCUGAGAAUAUGCUGAAACAAAGUGGAAGCGGCCGUGUGGCUCACAGCAUUCGGGAAAUACCAAGGGCGGUUCAUCGACAUGCUUCGAGAAAGAUAGCAGCCCCAAAACAAGCCAUCUUGGAAGAAAGGUCCUGGCCCCACGCGAACGAAAUUACUCUACCGGUGUCAAUAAUUGUGGACACUGUUCACCGUGCAUCCUGUGCGAGCGACAAUGAAUCUCUAGAAUAUGUCGCAAUAACGAUGAAUGCGGUGAACUUGAGGUUUGAGCAAAUUCCAGAAGUGAGUGUGAAACUUAUGCUAAGAGAAGUGAAAAUUUUGGAGAGCCAGAACGAGGACGAUUGGGUUAAAGUGGCAAUGGGCAAUACUUUAGAUUCAAGCGUGACCCUUGACAAAUUAGAGGAAAGAGCUGCUGAAGGAGACCCUUUACCAAGGGGAGCUGCCAUCGUGUUACUUCUAACAGGGAGGAACUGCUUCGCCUCAUCAAGUGGUUAUCCAGUGGAAGGUGAAUCCUACACUGGCCAGGCCUGCAGGUAUUACAGGUUUUCUGUGGGUCGAGACGUCCCAGGUACCUUUUCAGGAGUCAAGACUCUGUGUCACGAACUGGGUCAUUCGUUAGGUCUCGUUCAUGAUGGGGAGUCGGCUGCGGUAGAAGAACAAGGCCAUCCCGGAGCCGAGGCGUGUCCGGCAAGCAAUCCUUAUAUAAUGUGUGGACUGCGGGACUGCGGCGUUGAGCACGACCGUUUUUCCGCUUGUGCUGCCUCUCAGAUCAAGUGGUUCCUGGCGACUUAUGGUGGCUACUGUCAAAUCUACACGGCUUCUAUACCACCUCUUACCACCCCAUUACCGAAUAAGUUUCCCGGUCGGUCGAUUUUUGCAACCCAGUUCUGCAAGCUCAUGCACCCCGAGACUAAAGGCAUCUGGGCCUAUACGGGAUUCGAGGACUGUAGAUUUUACUGCUGUACACCCCGUGUUUGGGGUCUCUUCUACACCUACACAACAUACACUGCGCUGGACGGAUGGAGAUGUGAUGCUAAAGGAAAGAAAGAGUGUUGGCAUGGUGUUUGCCGAGAAUUCUUGGCUGACAAGAAAAAACAGCAAAACAACUAAAAAAAACUUAGUGCCAUUCCACUCUGAAGGAGGUUAACCAGCGAAGCUGUAUUGGGAUGA